AUGGCGAAAAUUUUCUAUCAAAAUGAGCUCAAUAUCAAAUCACCAAGAUUUCCUCAUUCAAGUAAUCCUAGAAGGACUCACAAAGUUAAAAUUGUUUCGCCUGAAGAUGAAAAAUCAAAUGAUUCGCCAAUUGAAAAAUUUUUGAGACAGGAGUUGCCUAAAUAUCAUAGUGAUUCAGAUACUGUUAAUACAUAUCAGCGGGCUUUUGAUAUGCUAAUUCUUCAAUUUCAAGCCUGUCGACCAAUAUUAGAACAAAUUAAACAAGAAUACGAUACUUAUGCAAACGAACUUAUCAAGACAAGUAGGGAUAUGGUUGCAAACUUACAGCCGGAAACUUCUGCUGAUGAUUCAUAUGCUGAAGUUAUUAAUACCAUGCGACAGUCAAAAGAACACGAAUUUGCAGAAUUUAAAGAAGAAUCCGAAAGAAAAUUAGAUUUGCUUACAACAUUGCGCCUUAAACACAAUGAGCUCGUUGGACAAAUAACUUCAAUCAAAAAUGAGUAUGAAUACAUUCAAAAUGAGUUGCAAUCAAAGAUCCAACAGAUAGCUGAAAUAACCAAUCAUACAAAUCAACUUUCUAUGGAUACAAUGGCAUUUAAAUCAGAACUAGUUAAUCUUCAAGCGGAGUUCGAUGAAAGGAAGCAAGAAGAAAGCCAAAUGCUGCUAUCAAUUGAUGUUCUCAAUGAUAAAAAGAAUCAAGUAAUGAAAAACACCGAAGAAAUGAAAAACGAAAUUGCAUCAAUAGCUUUGCAAAGAGAAAAGGUAAGUGAAGAGAUUAGAUCUGUAAGAUCACAAUUUGAUGAUGUUAAGAACUUAUUUGUUGAAGUUGGUUUAAAGAAUCAAAACAUGGAUCUUAAGCUCAGCAACCAAGCUGAGCGCAUUGCUUCUUUGGAGCAAGAAAUAAGAGCCAAAGUUGGUGAUCAAACAACCCCUAUUGACGUAUUAUUAUCGAAAUAUAUUUAG